UGAUAUGGAAUAGCAAAUAGAAUAGUAUUAUGGAUUUCGUUGCGGUGAUCAUGGCGGAUGUGUGGUGCAGUGGUGGUUAUGGAGAAAACAGUUGUCUGUAGAUUUCAAAAGCAGAGACGACAUAUCUAGCAUAGAUUAUGGAUUUGGAGAUGGUUGUGAUAGCUAUAUAAUUGGAGAUGAUCGUAUUGUAAUGGUGACAAAAGAUAAGUAGUGGUAGUUGAUAAUCGAAGAAGAAGGAAAAUAUAUUUUUCUCUUUCAUUAACCAGAGAACAAGGGUAAUAUAGUAUAUAUUAUAAAAAUAAUAGAGGUACUUUGUUUUUUGGUUAGUUACUUAAUUAUUGUUUUUUUUGUGGCUAUACAUCCCUAUUUCCCUAAAAAAAAUUGAGUAAAGCACAUCAUACCACUCUGCUGUUUCCACCAUCCACGUCGACAUUGUUUCCGAUUAUUACACUUGCGCUAAUGCGCCUGCCUAUUGUGAAAUUUCUGUUUACGGAGAGGGGUGAGAAAGAGCUUGAAAUGUGUACCUGGAUCAGAAACUCUUCUCUCCAGUUGUUGUUAAGAUUGUCAAAAGAUUUCAUGGAAAGAACACAGCAAUGGGGACCACGGUAAAAAGCUACACCAAAGCUCUGAAACCUGUCUUGUCCAUCUGUAUCCCAGAUCUGUAAUAACCCACCCAUUGUCAGAAAACACACAUAAACAAGUGAGCUUUGAACAAGCAAAGAGCGUAGCUCCUACAAAUGUAAAAUGAGACGCAACACUUUGACUAAUUUAGAGAAAAUCAUUAAGAACCACAUGAACAUAUCCUAGUGGCUUGCCUCAGUCAAAAAAUAAUUAAAUGCGUAUGAUGUGUAUUAUACAUACUUUGGUGUUGUAUAACGAACGAGUGCAAAAACUGAAAGCCCAUUAUCUUACUGACAAAUAAAAGUUGGGAAGAGAUUUAGAAAACAAAAGUAAUUAAAAACAUCGAUGGGCCCUUAGAGCAACCACAACGCUGUAUUUAUCGAAUCCUUAAGCCCAAGUCCUUAUGGGUUUUCGAUUUUAAUAAUAAUAAAUGGGCUCGGGUUGAGAAGGAUUAAUCCUUAUGGAAGAGGUUUUCGAUACCCAAUCCUUAUCGACGUGGCAAACGAAGCCGGUAUAAUCUCGAGUUAUUUUGUCGUCAAAAAAUCAUUCGGUCACGAAAAAAAAGCUCUGAUUCCUCGUAAGGCGAUUCCGAUCCUCGGCGUAGAUCUGCUAAAUCAGUGGCUUCCUCUCUUGAUUCGUGGGUUUAUUCGAUUAGGGUUUAUUUUUGGGGAGCUUGCAUGUCGAUUUCGAUGUGAUUUUGACUUGGGUUUCGGGGUGCAUAAGUCUCGUGGUACCGACAUCCCUCCAAGCAUCAAUGAAAUGCGUGCCACUCGGGUUCAGAUUCGCGAGCCGGAAAUACAUCACCAAUUGAAAAAUGAUUUAAUUGAAAAUAUUUGUAACAAAUUUGGGGAUAAAAAUUAAUAAUUAUUGUAAUUUUAUAUAUUUAAUCAUGUAAUAAAUAAAUAUAAAAAAAUUAUCUUAUUUUCCCAUGUUUUAAAAUUUAUUAAUUUUUUAUUCUUAAAGAUUCCAUUCCUGGUAAUACCAUUGGACAUACAAAUUUCAUUAGAAUCCUUAACUCUUAUAAAAAAAAUAGUAAAAUAUACUUAAGGACUCCAAUGGUGGGAACACCAUUGGAGAUGCUCUUAGUUGUCAAGAACCCUAAAUAUAAAAGCUGUGCCCUAAUGAUAAUACUGCAAACAAAUAUGACAGACGACAGGAAGAUCGAAGGAGCUGAAGACUUGAUCAGCAAUUUACCAGAUGUGAUCCUCCAACACAUACUCUGCUCUGUUCCGACCACCAAAGUAGCCAUCAGUACUUCCCUCUUGUCUAGACGAUGGAGACAUGUCUGGUGCGAGGUACCUUCUCUCUCCUUAGAUGUCGGUACACUGAGGACUGCAGCUUCGGUAAACGAAGCCCUAAGAGCAGCAGCAUUAAUGAACCCCCGGUUGGAGUUCAUAAUUUGAAUUUUUUUAUUAUUUUUUUUUAAUUUUUCGUUUGAUUUUUUUUUUUAAAAAAAAAAAUUGACUAAUAGCGGGCCGCCACGUGGUCCGCUGAACAGUAACGACCCGGGUUCAUGCAGAAGGAGCAUGGCGAGACAGAGUCAUUACUGUAGCAUAUUAUAAUAUUUUUUUUUUCGGGAAGCGUGUGAACUCCCUUAAUGAACCUUCAAUGCUGGUGCUCUAACUCGCUACACAGCUCUCAAGACAAAGAAUUUUCACCUCACACUAAAAUACUUAAUGAAGAACAUACCAUACACGGACACGUGGAUCAAGUUCGCCAUGUCACACAACGUUGAGAAUCUUUCCCUGAAUUUCCUUCAUUAUUAUGGAGGGUAUAAGCUUCCUGAUUUCUUCUACAACAGUUAGUGUGUCAAGCAACUCAACAUUAAGGCUUUGAAUGUUUACAACCGUCUCGCAUCGCAGUUAACAGUAACAAAAAUCUUUACAUAUACCAUAUAUCUAUACACUUUUAUAAUUGUUAAAACCGUACCGCAGUUAAACUGAUUGUCCCGCACCGUUCAAACCGCAGUCACCAUUCGAAGCUUAAGUUAAGCGGUUAUAACCAUAUGAUUGUUCCUCCCGAGUGCACUGUCUCUUGGACAUCCUUGCGGAACUUAUCAUUGACUUGUUGUAGUCUCACCAUGGCCAAGAUUCUAUCGGGUUGUCCGAUCCUUGAGAAUCUUUCCCAGAAUUUCCUUCGUCAACGUCAUUAUUAUGACUAUAAGCAGCUUCCUGAUUUCUUCUAUAACACUUCUUCUUUCAAACGACUCAACAUUACGUCAUGCUGUUAUAACCAUACCAUUGUUCCUCCCGAGUGCACUGUGUCUUGGACAUCCUUGCACAAGUUGUCCUUGAGAUUUUGCACUCUCUUUGAUGAAUCCAUGGCUAAGGUUCUAUCCGGUUGUCCGGUUCUCGAAUACUUAAAAUUGUAUCACUGCGGUGAACUAAAUGUUCUUGAUCUCAGCCAAUCUCCACGUCUGAGAACAUUGAAAGUAAUACGUAACAUGACGGUUCGGGGGCCAAGACAGAUUGUGGCACCACACAUCCAUUGUCUCAGAUUGUAUGACCCUCAGUUAUCAUCAUCUACGUUGGUUGAUGUCGCUUCUUUAACCGAAGCUAGGCUGGAAAUUUCCUGUGUCUUAUUGAACUCUGACUUCAACGCUAAUUUUCUCCAAGUCGCGGUGUUAAAGAUGCUAGAUAAGUUAAAGAACGCAGAGAAGCUUAAGCUUGGGAGCAAUUUUAUUCAGAUUUUAUCUCUUGCUGAGAUUCGUGGUGUUCCUUUCCUGAUGCUCAAGGUCAAAGCAUUGACUCUUGAUACAAAGAUCUCUCACUAUGUUAUUCCUGGCAUACAAAGACUGUUACAAAACUCUCCUGCAGAUUUAGAGAAGCUAGCAGUAGGUGGAAGGGCUCGCUUCCGCAUGCCACCGGUAUAUAUAAUUUACCAUUAACCUCUCUUUUUUCAGCUAUCAUUGAGUUCGAAUAUAUCUAUUUUGUAUUUUCUAUAAUACAGGUGGAGUUUCUUGACAAAUACUUGAAAUUACAAGGCUUUAACGUGAACAAAUGCUCUUGGAACGAAGAGCACUGUGUGGAUGCAAAAUUAGAGCAUGUGGCUUCAUUGGUGGAACUUUUGCUUAUAAACUGUACAGAGAAAUUAGAUAAGAUUGUCCUACUGUUGGAUGAACGUUACCUUAAGUUUAAAACUGAAGACCUGACUGCAACACUUUCUCACAACAGCAAUGUCACCAUUGUGCUGAUCUCUUCCACCAAACAAGCCAAGCCGAAGACAUCAGAGGAUUGGUGAAUCAUAGAGGGGGUUAUAAAGUCUUUGAGUGUCAUUGAACAUUUAAUUUUUGUUUUUAUGCAACUUGUAUGUCUACUUUAUUGCUUGCGAUUUUAAAUUUGUACUCGAAGCAUGGAAUCAAACUCGAAGAGCAUAUGAUAUGGAACCAGUGAGGCUUAGAACCUGAGAAGGAGAGACUUAUUCCUCACCUCUUUCACGGUCGAUCAAUGUCAAACUAUGAUCUAAAAUAACUCAUAUCUUCUGCGCGGGAUCACCUACAGCACGAAAAGGCAUACAAAACUUACUAAAAAAACUCACUUAUUUUGAAGUUGGUCAUGGAAGCUUGGCUAAUACUCCAAGGGAUGCUUGAGGAGGAUAUGGAUGAGCUUUUUAGUGGCUUUAGGUGGGAGUAGAGAUGUCAAAUGGGCGGGCUCUAAAUGGGUGGCCCGUGUCCAAAUCGAUAUGGUCAAAAAUGGACAGACUCAAAUUAAACCAUAAUUAAAAUUUGUCUAGAUGGGUGAACCCAAUUA